CAGAAAAUACAAGAAUAAGAUGUAACGUGUACAAACAUAUUUGACAUUUAGCUAGAUCGAUACUGUCAGACCUUUAUUUGUCAUUAUUGUCAGUUUUCGUCAAAUUAUAUUCAGUCACUCGAAGAAUUUCUUUAUUUACGCAAGCUGGAUCAAAAACUCACCGAAACUCGUAAUAGAAUUUCCUUUCAUUUAUCAGCAAAAAUUACUGAAGACAUAGGUCAUCAACUCGGUGACAUUCGAUGCGGAAGUGAUAUGCAAAGCGAUCCUCUAUAUCUACUGUCGAUAAUUUAUUCCAAACGAGUCAAGUUAUCAACAGUAGAUAAAAUAGAUCGAGCCUCGCGUUUUUUAAAUUUAUCGACAUUUUGACUCCUCGAUGAUCCCCAAUCGAUGAUAUUGAAGACGACCUUCUAUAUAUAUUGCUGACAACAGGCCUCCGAAAUUCCAAGGACGUGAUAGACGUGGAAGAGCUUGGAGAAGAAAAAUACAUCAUUCGUCAUCCACAAAUCCUGCAUCCGAGACGCGAUUUCCUGGACAUGCGAGCAGAGAAAUAGAUAUGGUUUAGCUUUUUAUCAAUUAUUGAAGGCUAUGUAUAUAGGGGGAGGAAUGAGAUAGGAAGAUACAAAGGAGAGAGAAAGAGAAGAGACACAAAGGAGAGACAUCUUCGUCAUUCGGCCCUGCCUUCGGCCUUUUUCGGCUAUAACCAGAUUGCAGCUGUUCGAAGAAAGUUCUUAUAUGCGCAGUGUAAAACAAGAGAAGGUGUUCUUUGUUCGGGAAAAAGGAAAAGGCUCCUACGCGUUAACCGUGUAAUAUCGGGGUAUUAUUCUCGCUUAGAAUCCAGCCAAAAAAGGGUAAAUCUUGAGAAAUAAGUACACAUAUACACGAACGGCCGGUAACGUAGUAGGAGCAGAUGACGGUGAGCAUUGUGAGCGGAGCGCGGCCAAUGGGCGCACGCGUCACAGGAGGGACGAUGACGUAUGGCGAUCUAAGCCGCGCGCUGAUUGGUCGGGAGACGCUCAUCGCCGGGUGCCGUAACGAACGCGAGAGAAGCGUGGAGCGUGCGGAGUGAAUUCACACAGUUUGAAUGAGUGCGGUCGCGAGCGCGUGGUGCGAGACUGACAGCGUGUGGUGAUCCAUUUUUUUUAAUUUUUCUCCAUUUUUUCGUCUACCUACUGGCGGGUGACUCUCGACGGAGCCUUACUUAGGUCGCGCGCGACCUCACCUCCUUUCGUCCGCGUGUGCGCGUGCUUCCGUCGACGAUGAUUCCCCGCGUCGCGAUGAAGGCCACGCAGAAGCUGCACUACGACGCGUGCGACAUGCAGAACGAGGAGCUGAGUUGGAGCUGCCGCGCCGACAAUUCCGACUGCGACGUCGGCAACUCCUCCACGGAUGACUUCGGUACUCCGCCCCCGCUGCAGCCGAGGAAGCUCUUCGAGACGAUGGAUUGCACCGACGAGAGCCAGACGAAUAACAACAGGAUUUCUCCUUCAAAAGUUACUCCAGCCAUCAAGAUUCCUGUCGUCACUCAUAAAAAUGAUGGUUUUGAGAAGACAUGUAGUCCACCCUACAAAUGUGUUAGGGCCUUACGCUUAUUUGAUUCGCCUACUACUCCUAAAACUAUGAUAGAGAAGAAUAUAGUGAUGCAGACUCCGAUUCCAUCUAAAUGUACCAGACUUUUUUCUUUGGACAAACCUAGGCCUUCUAAGAUAAGUCCUGGUUAUCAAACUAAGUCAGACAAACCUGUGGCAAAUGUAAAUCCAUUUACACCUACUGGCAUGUUAAUAACAGCAAAGAAAAGAAGCAGAUCGAAACGUAGUCUCAAUGGUAGUAGUGGUAGCUCACCGGACAUGCAAAAACCAAAGUUCGAUCUCGCCGAUUCCGAGGAUUCGGACUACGAAUACGAGCACGCGACAAAGCGUGUGGCGCUGCAGGACUCGAAUAUAUCGCGAUAUUACAAAGAAUUCCACGAACUCGGUCUGAUCGGGAGCGGCUCGUUCGGCUCCGUGUACAAGUGUAUCAAUCGGUUGGAUGGGUGUACAUAUGCCGUUAAGAGGAGCCGUAAACCGAUCGCGGGCGUCGUCAGCGAGUCCAACGCAUUAAACGAGGUCUAUGCUCACGCGGUGCUCGGCAAGCAUCAACACGUGGUGCGCUACUAUUCCGCAUGGGCAGAGGACAAUCAUAUGAUCAUCCAGAACGAGUACUGCAACGGCGGCAGUCUCGCGGACGCGAUCGCCAAUCUUCAGAAAGAGAAGAAGCAAUUUAGCAAGGCGGAGAUGCGUCAGCUGCUGUUGCACGUAGCCGAAGGAUUAAAGUACAUACAUAGUAUGCAGCUGGUGCACAUGGAUAUCAAACCCGCGAAUAUAUUUAUCUCCAAAGAGGGAAAAUUGCCAUCGAACAAUUACGAUUCCACUGACGACGGCUUCGACGAGGAUGAAGCUGUCGAUGAAAUCACGUACAAGAUUGGUGACCUCGGUCAUGUCACUUCUAUCAAUAAUCCGUCGACGAUUACGCAUGUGGAAGAGGGCGAUUGCAGAUAUCUGCCGUUGGAAGUUCUACAGGACGACUACAGCCAUCUACCAAAGGCCGAUAUCUUCGCUUUAGGAUUGACUGUUUAUGAAGCAGGCGGCGCCGGACCUAUGCCGAAGAAUGGGCUUGAAUGGCAAAGAUUGCGAGAAGGAAAUAUACCAGAUCUACCGCAUUAUGGUCGCGAUCUUAAUAAUUUAUUGAAGAUGAUGACUCACCCUGAUCCGCAGAUGAGACCAUCGGCAAUUAGUUUGACACAGCACAGAGUUUUACUUCCACUCGGGAAUAAAACUAAAGCGCAAUUGCGGAGAGAAUUAAGUUUGGAGAAAUUAAAAAAUGAAAUUUUAACAAAGCGAUUAAAGGAUGCGGCGAUAUUUCUCAAGAAUAUCGCGCCAAAUGUCACUGAUAGUUGUGACAGACAGUUACGACCAAUCACUAUGCGACCUCGCCUCAUAGGUAAAAAGAUCAAUCGUAGUAACAGCACUAUAUAGUGCUGUUACACUAUUAUAAUGCUGUAAUAAACAGCAUUUGUAUAUAAUGGAAGAGUAUCAAUGUGUAUGACACCUACGUUGCUUAAUGGUAAACAAAUUUUUGCAUUUAAAAAGCGAAAGAUUUCGGCUCUGGAUCCUCGAUUCGGUAUUUCCUACUUACACAUGAUACUUUUCUUCUCGCUCAUACGUCUACGAUACUGUAGGUCACAAUUAUCAGUGACAUUCGAAAAUAUCGCGCCGUUUAACCGUUUAGUUAUAAUCAUGCUCAUUACUGCGAUAGUUCCGUUAAAUCUUUCUUACGGAUGUCGCAGCGGAUAUAAACUAUUUCCUCGUCGGAAUUGUAGUCGAUUGAAUCCUAAUUUAUCGAAAGUAACUUUUUCCUUGGAUAUAAAAAUGCUUUAUAUUCUAUAUACAUGGUGCACCAAUUGUGUACUGUUAGCAUGUACUUUCAACAUUCGACAUGUUUCAAAAUUACAUUUAAUUUCGAUUUGCAUGUGCUCAGAGAAAAAUGAAAAAAAGCGCCGGACAUAAUUUACUCGGAAAGAUUAAAAAAACAAUAUCGAUAGAAAGGAGGAAGAAGGGAGAAAGGAACAUAUUGCCUACCUAUCGAUAUUAUUAAUUUCUUACCCUAUAUUGCCAAAAAAAAUCUUUAUUCUCUAUCUUUUAAGACGUAAUUUAAGUAUAUCUAUAGCGCGAAAUCUCAGGUUGACAAAUAUAUUUUUCUAUUCUACUACACAACAUUUUAUAUAAUAUGCUGUUUAUUACUUAGGAGCUCUAAUCGUCUGGGUCUUUUAUCAUCAACAUCAUCAUUUGUAAAUGAGCUUGCAUAUGACUUUAAAAUUAUUAUUCUAAUUGUAUGAAAUUUAUAACAUAUAUCUAUAUUAAUGAUUCAUAGUUUUCUAUUACAAACAGAGACAACUAAUUAUAAAAAGUUUAUGUGAAACAUUUAGACAACAAUUUGCUGCUGUACUGUUAUAUUCGUGCUAUAAUACAAAAUUAUUGUUUAUUAUUUUUAUCAGUAUUUCAAACUACAUACAAUAAUUAACUUUUACUGAUUGAGACUGCAAAAUGAUAUUUUAUCAAAUAAUUUUGCUUGUAUCUAAUAUUUGAGUCCAAAAAGAGUAUUAUCUCUGAUUCUGUUAAUGAUUGAAUAGAAUAAUUGGUUUAUCACAAGCAUGACUUAAUAUUCUCUCUAGCAUGACGUUCCAUUAAACAACAAAAAAUAUAAAAAUUAAAUUUAAAUUUUACUUUGAUACCAUU